CUUGGGCUGGUAAUAAUAUGCUUGUGACUCGUGAGAGUGAGACCUAGCAGAAACAGAACUUCCAAGGCUUCCUCUUCCUCCGCCGCCAGAACAUCUUGGUUUCCGGCGGCGAAAUGGGGGACUGCAGCGAGAUCUCGGCGCCGUCUCCCACCACCGAUCACGACGUCCCCGACGAGCUUCUAGAGCUGGUAUUCCUGCGCCUCCCCUCGUCUCUCCACCUCGUCCGUGCCGCCUGUACGUGCAAGCGUUGGCGCCGCAUCAUCGCCCACGCCGCCUUCCUCCGCCGCUUCCGUUCUCUCCGGGCGUCCCCCGUCGUCGCCGGGCACUACCGCGUCGACAAGCUUGGGCAUUUUUCGCCUCCGCCGGGCUGCAACCCCGUCUUCUUCCUCUCACCGUCGUCGGACACCGUGGACCUACGCCCCCAGCACUUCUCGCUUGACUUCCUCCCGUCCCGCGACGGUGGCUCCUGGGACAUCGCCGACAGUCGAGGCGGCAUCCUCCUCGUCAACCAGUGUUCCGGCAACUGGCGGGUUGCCUUCCAGGACCUCGUCGUCUGCGAGCCCAUGACGCGGCGCUGCCGGGUGAUCCCUCCGCCAUGGGAGCUUCGUGGCUACCCCAUCUGCGGCGCCUUCCUGCUCGACGGCGACGCUGACGAGGCCGGUGAGCCUAUCAGCCUGUCAAAUUUCAGGAUAAUCGUCGCGCUUCUAUAUGAAGGCCUUGCCCUCGCCUGUGUAUUCUCCUCCGGCAAUGACAACGGCAACAACAGUGGAUGGAUGGUGCAGAUCCCGAUGGACAGCCUCGUGACUCCCCACAACAGCCUACACUUCGCGGGGCAGGCCGCAGGGUCUAUCUACUGGUCGAAUGAUGUUCAUGAAAUUCUCGCCCUUGACAAAGACACCGAGGAGUUCUCUUGUUCUUUGUUCCCAGAAGAAGCAAUGUACUGCAGGCACGCGUUUGUUGGAUGCGACGGUGGCAAGGUGCGCCUUGCCUGCCUGGACAUGGGCCAUCUCAAGGUCUUCAUUCAAGCGGAGGACACCGAGGAAUGGCUGCUGGAGAAGGGUGUCGAACUGCAACAGCUGGUCAGUCAAGUUCAUGGUCAAGAUGAUGGUGAGUUGCAACUCAACAUGCUGAAGAAGAUUGUCUCGGUGGAGGAGGGGUCUGUCUUGUUGUGUACAGAGAAAGGCGUGGGGCUAGUCACAGUCGACCUCUCCACCAUGGAGUUUAAGCGCGUCGCGCCAGACGAUGACAGGUACUUCUGGCCGACCUACAUGUACCAGCUGCCAUGGCCCCCGACGAUCAAAGCUUGCUUAGACUGAUUCAGUGAUCUGCCUUUGCUUAUUAUGUUCUCCUGUAUGGACUAUGAAGUGGCGAAACACUCUCGGGAUGAUUUGCAUUCAGUCUGGAGAUUUCAGAUGUUUUGUUGCCUGUAGUAUCUCGUUUCCUCGAAACUGACAAAACAUUACUUAUCAUUGCUGUCUUCUCUUUCUGUAUGGGGAAUCAUCUGUAAACUGUUAGUAUGUUUGCUGUUUUAAAUUGUUGAAGUUUCUUCUUUGCUA